AUGGAGUUCAGUAGCAACCAGUCAGUCGAUGGCCUGAUUCAACUGCAAGAAUGGCUUGCCCAGCAGCAAGGGGGGGAGUCGCAGAACACGGCAGGCAUUGAUUUGCCCACCAAAGAUGGUGGAGUUCUCAUCUUUCCAGAGCCCCACAGUGUGCUGAAGGGCCGUCAGGAAAGCGGAGAGAAAGUGUUUGUGAAUAUUUGCACUCACUCCCAGAUAGAGCCGUGGCAUUAUGAACGUCUCCUUGCAGACGACGUGGAUGAUGGGGCCAGUGGACAAGAUACGGAAGGCGUCCGAAUCCCUCUCAGUGUUGGCGAGCGCAUUGAAUGCGCUGACAAAGAGGGACAGCCAUGCAUCUCCUUCGAUGUCGUCUUUAAUCCAGGCACUGUUCAUCAAUGCCUUAAGGAGCCCAAGCUGAAGCAGCUGUUUGCCCAGUUCUCCCUAGCGGCAGUUGCUCAUAAGUAUGGGCUCAAACUGCGCGACGAAUUUUCUUUUCCAAAACUCCGUUACAAAGGGCAUGCCCCUCAACCGCAACGGGUCAAAGUCACUGUCAAAUCAAAAAUCCAAGAAGUGGAAACAGUUUCCGCAACGGAGCCGACGUCCCCGGGGAAUUGGAUUGAUUGCCCCCCUAAUGGUAAUAUACAGUCAGGCGGACUCAAGGCAACAAGGAGUUGUUCCUGUUUGAAAAAAAAGCCCGAUAUUCCGGCUUUUGAAGCGUGGUUCGUCGGCCCCACCUUGCUCGUCCAGUUCAUAGAGUGUCUACUUCAAAAACGAACAUUUGGUCCCGAGGCACAACAUUUAGGCAGUCUUUCUGAUGCCCGCUUCAGUGCUUGGAAGUGUAAGUAUGCUGGAGUCGAAGAUGACGGAUUUCCAGAAUGCUCAAUCAACGCUUUUGACUUCGACCGCGUAACAACUGAAUCUGAUGGAAGGAGCGGAGGAUCACAUGAAGAUAAAAACGCUGAGUCUUCUAAAGAACCUGGUAAAGAGAAAGGUGCCACAUUUCAAUUCAAAAAGGCCUUUCUUCUUUCUCCCGAUGAGCAAGAGCGUCACGACGUCGAAAAUAAAACAGUGACAGUGACACGCUCCAGCCUACGGGGAUCGGCAUUCCUCCUACAACUGGACCUGCGUCGGAUGACCCAAGAGAAUGCCAGUUUGUGCUGCGGCUGUGACCCGCAAACGACUUCAUCGUCAAAAAAUUCAUGGUUUGCUACUUCGGCAAGGCAAGACGACAACGACACGGAUUCAGAAAUGCCGUAUUCGACGGGUUCUUCUAGCCAUAAGCUCGGAAAUUCUCAUGGAGAUCGCCCGAUUCCGCUCGUCACUGUGAGCGACAUCCACCUUCUCGUCACAUGGACGCCUGACAAUGAAGCUUCGGACUCGGUCGGCCGACAGAAAUCCAGACCAUGCGGAAAGAAGGUGGAUAGCAGUAAUGGCGCAACUGCCAACACGUUCGAAGAGACAGCGCCUGCCCGGAAACCUGAGAGACGCGUGUUACUUUUUCCUUUCCCUUUCUCCUUUUGCUCUCUUUUUAGCAGAGCACUCGUUUCUACCGAUCCAUAUCCUCUUCUUACUGUCAUCGUACCAACCGACGAGAAGGCAGCCGCUGGUCUAGAGUGUUGCUUUCCGUCAAUUUACAUAUCACAGGGACCCCACAAUUCUUCUGCGGCACACACAGGGACUGUCGUUACGAAUGUCGUCACUACAUCGCCGGAUCGUAGUUGCGCGAAUUUUGACUUCGAAAAAAAGCGAAGGCACACUGCGUUUGAGACAUCCGAUCCCAGAGCUGAUUCCGACUGUGCUGAAAUUUUGCCUGGUGCACGUGAUGGUCAUACCUACCCGGGAUGGGAAGAAGACAGACUGAAGUGGACGGAAAGCGAGAUUGCGGAUGCCUUUCUCGAUACAGUGUUCUGA